CGCGCCCCCAAAGUGGCUCCUAGUCGGUCGCCCACUUUCAGGCUUUUGGGGGGACAGAGAAAGUGAUGCGCGCCUUCUAAAGCCAGACCGAGCCGCCGCCUGAGCUGCUGCACCCCUGCAACUUUCUCCCACCCCCCGAUUCCUUCUCCUCUUGGUCCUGCCCCUCACCCCUCCCCAAAGCCACUUUGGAAAUAGGGUGCGUGCGCCUGGGUAACGCGGGUCAGUAGGCUGUCCGGGAUGGCGUCCAAUUUUAAUGACAUAGUGAAGCAAGGGUACGUGAGGAUCCGGAGCAGACGCCUCGGGAUUUACCAACGAUGCUGGUUAGUAUUCAAGAAAGCGUCAAGCAAAGGUCCAAAAAGGCUGGAGAAAUUUUCCGAUGAGCGUGCUGCAUACUUUAGGUGUUAUCAUAAGGUUACGGAACUCAACAAUGUGAAGAAUGUAGCGCGAUUGCCAAAGAGCACCAAGAAGCACGCCAUAGGGAUCUAUUUCAAUGAUGAUACCUCUAAGACCUUUGCUUGUGAAUCAGAUCUUGAGGCCGAUGAAUGGUGCAAAGUACUCCAGGUGGAAUGCAUAGGGACACGAAUUAAUGACAUCAGCCUCGGGGAGCCUGACCUGUUGGCCACUGGUGUGGAGAGAGAACAGAGUGAGAGAUUCAAUGUGUAUUUGAUGCCAUCUCCUAACUUAGAUGUCCAUGGCAAAUGUGCCUUGCAGAUUACAUAUGAGCAUAUCUGUCUUUGGGAUGUCCAGAACCCCAGAGCCAAGCUCAUCUCUUGGCCACUAAGUGCCCUCCGACGAUACGGACGUGAUGCUGCGUGGUUCACAUUUGAGGCAGGGAGAAUGUGUGAAACUGGUGAAGGGCUGUUUAUCUUUCAAACACGAGAUGGAGAGGCCAUCUAUCAGAAAGUCCACUCCGCUGCCUUGGCAAUAGCGGAGCAACAUGAGCGUCUGCUGCAGAGUGUGAAAAAUUCUAUGCUUCAGAUGAAGAUGAGUGAGCGGGCUGCCUCACUCAGCACCAUGGUACCCCUGCCCCGUAGCGUCUACUGGCACCAUAUCACCAGGCAACACAGCACGGGCCAACUCUACCGUCUGCAAGAUUAUGUGCAGAAAGUGCCCUUCCUGGAGAUCAUUUCUACUCAGAGAGUUUAUGGUGCCAUUGUCUUUUCUUUCUCCCUGAAACACUGUGUGUCCUUCCCCGUAUCUCCACCCCAGGGAUUCCUCUCAGACUUCAAGCUGGCAUGA